AUUGUUGUAUUUGCAGACAUGUUACCAACCAACUUAACCUCGGUAUGCCAGACCUGCACUCCAAGACUGAUGUUCGGACAGAUCCAGCAGUCCAUUGGCUUCUUCAAGGUCAAUGACAACGGUGAGAUCUGCUCCAACGUGGAACCAAUCCCAGAACUCAAGGAAUGUGCAGGCUACUGCGGCUCGACUUCCAGCUACACCGCACUCAUGCACGGCUUUGACAACAAAUGCCUGUGUUGCCAGCCAGCAAAGACGGUAUCCAAGUCUAUCCAGCUUGUCUGCGGUACUGGAAGGAAGAUCACCAAGACCUACAACGUACCGGAAACAUGCGGUUGCAGCGCAUGCUCAAAGGGAGCAUAAUCUCGAACCCACUUCCGGCCAUGAACUCCCUGUGAAAGUGACACAUAACAGGUGUGAUCCUCCCCAUGAAUGUGUGACAACGUGACAUUAAUGCAAGAAUUAUUUAUUCAUGAACCUGUGAUUACAAUGCUCAAGUUGAUUUAUGUUUAAGUUUUUGUCUCAAAAUGAAACUGUACAUAUAUAUAUAUGUUAUACUUUUUUCUGGAAUGUGCAAUGUCCUGACCUGUUCAGCUGAACAACAAAAAAUACAAAUUGUCUAUGUUUGCAACAAUGAAUAUUAAUGAAUGUUUAUACUUCAAAUGUCUUUCCAAUGAUAUAUGUAGGUUGUUGCAAGAUGUUAUACACUUAUUUAUUGUAAAAUCAUGGUGAGGAAAUAAAUAAAAGCAAUAUUAAUUUA